UGUGGCUGCAACCACAUACUCUCUCUCUCUCUCUCUCUCUCUCACACACACACACACACACACACACACACACACACAGUUUGGGUUUACUGCAUGCAUUAUCUGAAAAUGGCAUUCACAAAGGGGGCAGCUCUUCUCAUCUUCCUCAACAUGAUGCUGCCUUUCACUGCAGCCUUCUCGUCUCAUAAUAAGCUCCCAUUCCCUCCAAAGACUCCGGUAGCGCCGCCAUCAGUUCCUUCCGCCCCAAAAAGGCCGGACAAGUGCCCAAGGGAUACCCUAAAGUUUGGGGUGUGUUCAAGCUGGUUGGGGGUGGUGAAUGAGGUCAUUGGGGCUAAACCUAGCCAACAAUGUUGCGCCCUGCUGAAAGGUCUUGCCGAACUUGAGGCCGCAGUCUGCCUGUGCACUGCCAUUCAGGCCAAUGUGUUGGGCGCCGCAGUCAAGCCCAACAAUAUACCAAUCACCCUCACUUUGCUUGUUAACGCAUGUGGGAAGAAGGUUCCCCAAGGCUUUCUAUGCGAGUAGAAAGUCACUGCAGUUGUGUAUUUAAUUUGCGUGGUAUUAUGUUUUUGAAAUCCAUAUAUUUUUUAUGUGGUUGAUUAUUUCAUGAUGAUGAAAUAGUAAGUGGGUCGACCUCUAGUACUAAGGAUUAAUGGGUAUUUUUGUUAAUUAAUAAAGUUCAACAAUCAGUGGGCACAAAAA